AAGAAAGUGCUGUAGCGCGACGGGUCACUCUCGCUUGGGCGGCCAGUCAGAUCCGGUGCCGAAACGAAAGCGUAGCGUCCCUGCGUUGAGAUGCAACAGGAACGCCUGUUGGUAGGAGUUACUUUUCUAUUCUGUACGACCUCACUAGUGUUGGACGUUCCCACUUCCAGAGAUUCGUGUCAGAUUCCUCGCAAGAAAAUGCCGAAACGAAAGGCCAAAGAUUUGGGGGACGUAGCAGAGCCACGACGAUCCAGUCGCAGGAUAUCAACAGCAGCCAAGCAGGAAACUGUGCCGGAGACGACGUCGACGAAAGGCCCCUCUAAGGCGAAGCCGAAGAAAGGCGCAACAGCAACCAAUAAAAAGGGUGCUGUUAUCAAUGGAAAUGAGGACGGCGAAGAAGAACAAGUACCAAAUGAGCCUGCCGAUGCUACAAAGGCAGAAGAAGCGAAGCCUUCGACCAAGACAGCUCCAGCCGCUGCGACAGACAGCACAGCAUCUACCGGUAGACAAUACUGGUUGAUGAAAGCCGAGCCCGAAACACGACUUGAAAAUGGCCACGAUGUUCGAUUCUCUAUCGAUGAUCUCGCAUCAAAGACUGAGCCAGAGCCUUGGGAUGGCAUUCGAGCAUAUCCAGCUCGCAACAAUCUUCGAUCGAUGAAGAAAGGAGAUCUGGCAUUUUUCUACCAUUCUAAUUGCAAGACCCCAGCCAUCGUCGGCACCAUGGAAAUUGUACAAGAACAUUCCCCAGACCUAUCAGCCCACGACCUCUCAGCACCCUACUACGACCCGAAAUCCAAGCCCUCCGACCCCAAAUGGUCCGUCGUGCACGUGACCUUCAAACAGAAACUCAAGACGCCAGUCACGUUGAAGGAAAUGAAAGCGUGGCAGAGCACGAAGGGACAUCCGAUGGAGAAUUUCCAGAUGUUGAAGUUGGCGAGGAUUAGUGUCAGUAAGGUUAGUGCGGGGGAGUGGGAGUUCUUGUGUGGGGAGAUGGAGAAGAAUGGGGAUGUUGUUGAGCAGUGAAAGGGGGAAAGAGGGGUUCUAAGUUAUGAAGUGUAUGAUGAUGUAUCGAGUAUUCAGAUCCUAGGGUCACUCCAGCUUAUGACUAUUUUGAGAUCUGUUGCAGUCGCGUUUCUGUGGAGUGCUGUAGGAAGGCUCGAUCACUCACUUAUUCAGGAAAGAGCGGAACGGACUCACAUCGAAUCUCCGGAUCCAGGCAGCCAGCAAGAAACCCAUCAAUCACGAAUGCACGUUUCU